GACUUCUCAUCACGACCUAGCGUCCAUCUUCUAACGAGGAAUGGCUUCUUCGACAUCGUCAGUCCUACCACCAUUGUCGUCUUCUCUCUGGAAAAAUCCAAAUUUUUCUGAACUUUUAAUUGUAAGGCCCACCAAAAGACCUACCAGAAGAUCUCGAGCUCUGACAACGGCAGCGUCGCCGCAAAUCGAUGUGCCCUCAACUUCUCAGAGACCCACAAAGUUGGUGACGUUUCUUGGGAAAGGUGGUUCUGGAAAGACCACCUCAGCCAUCUUCGCCGCCCAUCAUUAUGCAAUGGCCGGGCUUAAGACCUGCUUAGUGAUACAUUCUCAAGACCCUACAGCUGAAUAUCUUCUGAACUGUAGGAUUGGAACGUCCCCUAUCACAUGCAGCAGCAACCUGUCAGUGGUUCGGUUGGAAACUACCCAAAUGCUUCUUGAACCUCUCAAUCGACUGAAGCAAGCAGAUGCUCGUCUGAAUAUGACCCAGGGGGUUCUUGAAGGGGUGGUGGGAGAAGAGCUUGGUGUGCUUCCUGGGAUGGAUUCCAUAUUUUCCAUCUUAGCACUUGAGAGGCUUGUAGGAUUCUUUGGGAAUGUGACUCAGAGAAAAAACCAAAAAGACAAAUUUGACAUAGUUAUAUAUGAUGGUCUGAACACUGAAGAAACAAUACGGAUGAUAGGUGCAAACAGCAAAGCAAGGUUGUACUUGAAAUAUCUACGGAAAUUGGCUGAAAGGACUGAUUUAGGGAGAUUAGCUGGUCCUUCUCUCUUGAGACUUGUAGAUGAAGCGAUGAGCUUAACUGGUAGGGGGUCCCAUCUCAAUGGGAAAAUGAGUGCAGAAAUAUGGGACUAUUUGGAACAAACUCUGGAGAGAGGAUCUUCUGUCUUGGCAGAACCACACAGGUUUGGCUGUUACGUUGUGAUGGACCCAAACAGUCCUACCUCUUUGAGUUCUGCAUUACGUUACUGGGGUUGUGCAAUCCAAGCUGGUGCACAGGUUUCUGGAGCAUUUUGUGUCACAUCAAAUUCUUUUGCAGAAUCAUUAGAGGAAGUCAAGAAGAAUUUUUCACCAUUGCCCUUUGCUUCCAUACCACAUAUCUCAAUGCAUACCCCUCCAGACUGGAAUGAGAUCAUACUGAACAAUUUAUUUCAAGGUGCUCAAGAUCUUCUUACUUUCUCAACAGGCGACAACAGCAGUAUCCCAUGUACAGUUAUGUUUGAUCCAGCAAAUAAAUCAGUGACCCUUCUCAUGCCAGGUUUUGACAAGUCGGAAAUCAAGCUAUAUCAAGUAUGGCUACUCCCUUUUACUUCUUUUCUCUGUAGUGAAUCGAUUUCACAAGGAGUAAAAACACGGGAAUUCAUUCCAUGAGAAUUCACUGCAGGAGAGAUGGCCUGAUUGUUUAACACUUCUUAAAGAGGAAAAGUAAAAAUUAAGAAAGACAUUUUUUGUUUUUGUCAUCGUAAGAUCAUUCAGGAUAAGUCUUCUUGUUAGUUACAAGGUUCUGCUGAUCCACCGCAACUAUCCUUUUUCCCUCACCUUUAAUAUCUUUUUUCCUCGGGAAUGGCAGGGAGGUUGUACGCCAUUAAAAAUACUUUGUGGACAUCCUUAUGGAACUUACAGAAGUAGCACCUCUAGAGGGUUAUCGUUUUCCAUUUUUCCGCAGGAAAUGGAAAUGGCAGAUGUAGUCAUAUCAGCACUGACUUAACCCUUCAGACAGCAAAUAACUCUAAUUAUGGGUAGGACUAGUCAUGUAUAGUGUUAAAUUGACAAAUGAUGUUUCAGUAGCUGUGAUCUCAACUUGUUGACAUUGUUAUCUGCAUCAUUUUCUCUGAUUUUAUUGUCUUCUUAUACUUGCAUUAUAAUUAUGAUAAAAUUAACAGGUUUCAUGGUGCUUAUUAUUCCCCAUUCUGAAAAUUGCAGUACAGGGGAGGAUCUGAGUUGUUGGUGGAAGCUGGGGAUCAAAGACGCGUCAUUUGUCUGCCAUCUCAAAUUCAAGGGAAGGUUGGAGGUGCCAAGUUUAUAGACAGAUGUCUUGUGAUCACAAUGCGAUAAGAACAUCCCAUUCUUGCUUUAAAUCUCUUUUGAGAGACUGAGAGAACCAUAAAUCAUGUAAUUUCGGCUGUUAAAUAUCUUUGAUCAUUGUAUACUUUUGUUUUUAAGGAAUUUUUCACAUGGCAAUUGCCAAUAUAUAUCUAGAGUGUAUGAUUACCAAUAUCUACUCUACC